UUGUUUUUCCAUUUUUGGGUGGACUUUUCGGAGUCUACCCAAGUCUUCCUUCCAUGCGAGAGACUGCUACGCGGAGUGUUGACGGCCGCUCCUCUUUGAGCUCUCGAGUUCAAUCAGCUCAUUGGAGCUAUCAGCUUCUGGGCUUGCUCGCAGCACCUGCGAGGUAAUUCCCCCCAUCCUACUGUUUCGCGCGCCGUUCGUCGCCCUUCAAGCUUUCUCCUCUCAAACGUUCGACACCCCGUUUAUUUGUUCGAUCUCUUUCCUCUCUCCACAAUCAUCUCCGAGCCAUGGCUCUCUUCUGUGUUCUCGCUUUUCUCCAAGUCCUCGCCCUCACCGCCAUCGCCUCCGUCAAGAGCGGAGGUCGCCAUGGAAGCGACGAGGUCAACCGCGCCGAAGAUGUCGAGGGCCAGCCAGCGAAAGGGGCAGAAGCCGAGAUAAAUCCGACAACCCGGCAGAGCUGCCAUGAGCAGCACCAUCAUUUACAAGCUGAAAAAUCCUCUGGCACAGAAGAUGAGCAUCCUACACCUUGUAUGCUUCAGAACAUGCGUGAAGAGGCAAGUCAGUACCAUGAUGACACUGGGAACAAUAAAUUUGAUCAAGUACUCCAGCAGACAGAUUUAUCUCCAGCAACCACUGUUAGAGAUGUGCCUGAGCCAGCUGAAAAUAAUAGAGAUGGACAGAGAGAGGUUGGAGAAGCGGAAGAAGAGAUGAAGUCCACCUCAAAAUUUUCUUACUUUUCGACUGGCAUUUCUGUUGCUGGAAUCAUAAGCAUUUUCUCUGGAUAUCUUGGAGAUCAAACAGGACAUGCCCAUACAGUCCCUCUCAAGGUUUGCACCCUCUUCAUGCUGGCCACCUUCGUAUCUGGAGCCAGCAUGCUGCUUCUGACAUUCCUCCAUCUUAGCAGCCGCAUCUCUAUUAAAUUCUUCAGAAGCCUCAAGUAUACAACAUUGGGGUUCCUGACCCUUUCGAUGUUUAGCGUCUCCAUUCUCUUCCUAAAGAUGUUUACCAUUCUUGCCUUUGUUCCGGCAUUGUUUAUAGCAAUGAUCUCAUUCAUUAUGGCUUGGCAUCCAUGCAGUCAUCACCAAGGUAAUAGGGGCAUGUCAUUCAGACGUUUGUCCGAAUCCGUUUGAAACAUUUGGAUGCUGUUAUUUUCAAUCCUGGACUCCUGUUACUAUGUAAUAUUAGUUCUUAAUAUUGUUUUUGGUGAUGAUUGCAUUCAUUAUGGCUGGGUUUCCAUGGAGUCAUCAUCAAAGUAAUAGUGUCAUGUUGUUCAAUCCUUUAUCCGAAGCUGUCUGAAACAUUUGGAUGCUGUACAGUUGCAUUAUAUUCAACACUAGAUUCCUAUUCGUAUGUAAAUAUUGAUGUGUAAAUUGAUCAGUGACGCAUUAAAACCAUUGUUGUGUACUAAAACCAUUGAUCAGUGAAAAAUAGAUUAAGAUUCUUUGUGUA